GAGUUUAUGCUCAAUUUGUAGCUUACUGAUAUAUUUUAGGCAGUUGGUUUUGAAGAAAUUGCUUUCGUUUCAAAGAAAUUGCAUUUUGCUGAGAUAUUGUCUGAGCUUCUAGUGCCUUCUCCUCUUCUCUCGAUAAAGCUGCCAUUUUGUUUUAGGACCACCGAGUCAAAUGCAAGGCAAUAUGUAUAUAAUUCGAUGUGUAAGAAGUGGGGCGCAAGAAGGCUAAAGUUGUUUAAUGCAGUUGAUGACCCACUUAAGAGCAGAGAUCAUAUAAGAGCUGAGGCAAUUAAUAAAGUUCCAGAUGGGAUUCCAUGGGAUCAAUGGAUUUCUUAUGUUGAUUACUGCCUUAAAGGAAAAACAGGGAAAUGUGCAACAAAAAAGCGGAAAUUCGGAAGACAUAAACCAUUUCACACAUCGGUGGCUCCAAACCCAACUCCAGAAGAAGGGAUGAAAUGGAAUGAAGAUGGAUCAUAUGUUAAUGAGGCAGCAAAAGAGAUAUGUGUACUAGGAAAAGAGCAUUCUGGAGGGGUAAGGUGCUUGGGAUUAGGAGCCAUCCCAAGUAGAGCAUUUAAACAAACAAGACCCCGUUAUAGUGAUUUGAAUGCUUCAACUUACAAUAGUGGUUCAUGUUCUUCUCAAUGGCAAGAGAAGUACAAUCAGACGUUGAAUGCUCACAACAAAAGCCAAGACAACCUCAAUUUUCUGAUGAAUGCUCACACUGAAAUGAUGAGCACUUUCAAGGUGUAUAUGAUAAGGAAAGAAGGGAGAAUACCUGAAGAAUUUAUUGGGAUCUUUGUUUCUACUACUCCUCCUUCAACACCAAAUGAUGCAGCUAGUGGACACGUUUCACCCACGGACGUAAGAAGAUCAUUUGGUUGCAGUAAUUCUAAUGACAACCAAUGAAGUUGCGUGCAAUUGUAUUAUUAGA